GUCGCUGUCAGUCGCCGGUGACGGAGCGGGUGAUUUUCCUGGUGCGCUGUUGCAUCAACGAGACUCGUCUCGAGCAUGACGGGGAGGCUACAUGCUAUGGCUCGGGUAGCUCUGCUAGCUAGCCCCAUGUAGUGUAAAGUUGUUCGCUGGCUUCGUGAAGCAGAAGCCUGUAGCUAGCUCUCCGAGGGGACAGCGGCACGUGUCCACCUCUCCUCUGGACCCAGGAAGCGGGUUAUAGCCCUGUCAUUGAUCGUGCUCUUUUAAAAACCCGGAUCACCUUCACUCGUGAGGACACGCGGCGCGUUCACAAGUCAUUAGCCUGGAUCAAAGUUAGCAUUUCUAAAAGAUCCAGAUGGAUAAAAAUGAAAAAAAAAAACUUCGGAAUCAGGACAUAAACCCAUGCAUCGAAGAAAGUGAUGCGUCUCGUAAGUGUUUGGAUGUCUACAACUAUGAUAAGGGCAAGUGUUCGGCCUAUUUCCUGAAAUAUAAGAACUGUAGGAAAUACUGGCACAACGUAAUGGUGGAGAGGAGAAGAAACGGGGUGAGACCUGACAUGCCCACUGCUGCAGAGAGGCAAGAGAUGCUUGCUGAUGUCGGAGGCAAACCAUACUGAGAGUCAGCAGGGUCACACAAAGACACUGUGAAGAUCAGUGGGCCCAGGAACCAUGAUGCUACUACACUGCAGUUGCCUGGUGUAUACUGUGACUGAUCUGUUUUAAAGUGACAUCUGCAGAAGGACUUUAUGGAGUUACAGAGAGACAAGAAGAUAUGAGAUUGAUUAUUUAUCGAGAUUAAUGUGAAGUGAACUGACACAUCAUGAAAACAAUUAAAGAUCAUUUAAAGCA